GAGAGAGAGAGAGAGAGAGAGAGAGGGAGGAGGGGGCUCUUCUAGUGUACUAUUGAACAAGUCACGAAUUUUUUUUGAAAUAUGGAGAGAAGAAGAAAUUAGAACAGAUGAUUUUGGUUCAAGCUUUCAGUAUAGAGAGAAGAAUAAAUCAGAAUAGAUGAUUUUGAUUCAAUAUUUUCGCUGAAAGCCAACGGAAACCCAGCUGAAGGCAAGCAUUGUCUCCUUUCUGCAUCGGUAGAAAACAAUUUCAAGAUUUCGUGGAGCCGGGAUUCUUUUCCUCACUUCCUCUGUCAGAAUGUUGAGGGACUUCAAAUUCUUGCGGCGAAAUUCGGGUAAGAACACUAAUACAGAGGAAGUUGAGAAUGUGCCUGUAAACCCCAGGGAUUCUUUGAACCCUCAGAUGAGCACAGACCCCUCAAGGCCCCCACUGAAUGCAAUUCAAGAGCCCUCUCGAAUCCCCAAAAGUGUCUCAGAUCAGGAUGUAAGUAGCUUUAAGGCCAGCAAAAUUGAUAGAACUCCGACUAAACCAAAGCCCAAACAUUCAGAUACAUCAAUGCCCUUUCGAACUCCAGAAAAGCAAGGGGCAACGUUGAGAAGCCGGUUCAAUUGGGCCCAGAAGAGUGAGCAUCCGUCAACUAAUAGCGCUGCUGAGUCGAAGGAGGAUGGAAGAUUAGUGUCAAAUAUUAAUACUCCAGGUUCCACUAGAGCUGCCGGCAGGACUAAUUUGAGUUAUUCUGAGUGUAAUUCCACGCAAAGCACGCCAACUAAGAGCGUAAACAAGCCUCCAAAUCCGAGUUUCUCUUUGACCAGUGGUUCUAGGGCUCUCAAUGUGGGUGCUCGCAUGGGCAAUUAUGCUGCAUUGUCUAAAGGGAUCCCGAGUUCUUGUAAUCUAUCCACUGUUGUUAAUACUGUCGAGGUUCCUUAUUUUGAACUCAAGGAAGAUCCAUCAUUUUGGAUGGAACACAACGUGCAAGUCCUGAUUCGCAUACGGCCACUGAAUAACAUGGAGAAAAGUAGUUUUGGUUACAAUAGGUGUUUGAAGCAGGAGAGUGCACAAAGCAUCACCUGGAUUGGGCAACCUGAGACCCGAUUUAUGUUUGAUCAUGUAGCAUGUGAAGCUAUUGACCAGGAGACACUUUUUCGGAUGGUUGGCUUGCCCAUGGUGGAGAAUUGCUUAUCUGGAUACAAUAGCUGCAUGUUUGCAUAUGGGCAGACGGGUAGUGGGAAGACUUAUACAAUGCUCGGUGAGAUUGAAGAACUAGAAGUCAAGCCCAGUCCAAACCGUGGAAUGACCCCUCGCAUAUUUGAAUUCUUGUUUGCAAGGAUAAGAGCGGAAGAGGAAAGCCGAAGAGAUGAGCACUUAAAGUACAACUGCAAAUGCUCCUUUCUUGAGAUAUAUAACGAGCAAAUUACUGAUCUUCUUGAUCCUUCAUCCACAAAUUUAAUGUUACGUGAGGAUAUGAAGAAGGGUGUUUACGUUGAAAAUCUAUCUGAAUUUGAGGUCCACACUGUGGGAGACAUUCUUCAGCUCUUGACUCAGGGUUCUUCAAAUAGGAAGGUUGCUGCGACAAAUAUGAACAGAGAAAGCAGUCGUUCGCACAGUGUUUUUACAUGUGUGAUUGAAAGUAGGUGGGAAAAGGAUUCUGCCACUAAUUUCCGUUUUUCCAGGCUGAACCUUGUUGACCUUGCUGGUUCUGAGAGGCAAAAGUCUUCUGGUGCUGAGGGUGAACGUCUGAAAGAAGCUGCAAAUAUUAAUAAAUCAUUGUCGACACUAGGUCAUGUAAUAAUGGUCUUAGUCGAUGUAGCGCAUGGAAAACCAAGGCAUGUUCCCUACAGAGAUUCAAGAUUGACAUUUCUCCUUCAGGAUUCUCUGGGUGGAAACUCGAAAACAACGAUAAUAGCUAAUGUUAGCCCAUCUAUCUGCUCUGCGGCUGAAACGCUAAACACUUUAAAGUUUGCUCAACGAGCCAAAUUGAUUCAGAACAAUGCUAUCAUCAACGAAGACUCGUCAGGAGAUGUUACUGCAUUGAAACAUCAGAUACAGUUGUUAAAGGAAGAGCUAUCUGCCCUCAAGCGUGAAAAAGUAUCUCGAUCAUUGUCGUUUGGGCCAGCGAUUGAUAUAGACACAAGAAACAAAGAUGCUGAUGACUGUAAUGGAAGGAUGGCUGCACAAGAACACCUGACAAGUAUGCUAGGAAAAGAAUCUCAUGGAGUUCUCAGAGUGUCUUGUAAACAGUUAAAGUCAUUGGAAACUACACUUGCUGGUUCCUUAAGGAGGGAACAGAUGGCAGAAACUUCCAUUCAACAACUAGAAGCUGAAAUUGAGCAGCUGAACCGUCUGGUUAGUCAAAGAGAGGAGGACACAAGGUGUACAAAGAUGAUGUUAAAGUUUAGAGAAGACAAAAUUCAAAGAAUGGAGUCACUUGUUGGUGGUUUGAUAUCGGAAGAUGCUUAUUUACUCAAAGAAAACAAUGCACUUACGGAAGAAAUUCAGCUCCUUCGUGCGAGAAUUGAUAAAAAUCCUGAAGUGACACGCUUUGCCCUUGAAAAUAUCAGGCUCCUAGAGCAAGUUAGACGGUUUCAAGACUUAUAUGAUGAAGGGGAGAGGGAAAUGUUAAUGACUGAAAUAUCUGAACUGCGAAAUCAGCUUAUCUUCUUCCUGGAUGGAAAUCCAAAGCAUCCUAAUCAACUUGACACAAAGGGUUCUUAUCAUGGCGGCAAUGAAAGCGAUUUGCAUCUUAAGGAGUUGAAGAAAACUCUUUUGGAGUUAGAAGAAAGUAAGACCAAACUAAACAGUUAUUUGGAAGAAAAUGCAAAGCUACGAGGUGAAAUAGAGGCAUUGCAUGCAUCAUUAGAUGUCAUCACAUCAGCACCUCAAGAGCAUGAUAGCAGUGCAGAAGUCAUUAAGGAAUCCAUUGUGGAAGUUCCCUUUUUCAGUAAUCAGUCUACAACCCAGAGAAAGAAGGAAGAAGCAAGAUGUGAAUAUCUGGUGAAGCAUGCUGAAGAAAUCUUGGAUUUACAACUGGAGUUGGACAUUCUUAAAACUAUUCUACAAGAAGAGAGGUCAUACCAUGGUGAAACAGAGGAAAUGGCCAAAUCCGUAAAUAGAGAGCUUCAAUUGUCAAAAGAAAAGGUUAUUUCUGUGACCAAACAGUAUGAAAAGGUCCAGGAAGAGCUAAAAAAUGUGAAGUUGGUUAUUGAAGCUCUUGAGUCUCAACAAAUUCAUUCUAUUCAUGAGAUUGAGGAUCUCAGGAACUCUAACGUUCAGUUUGAAGAACUCUUAAAAGAAAAGGAGCUUGAAAUUUCUUAUUUGAAGGAGCAAGCUCAUGGCCAAGAGUUCAGAGAUCUCUCAUCAUACAAACAUCCAAAGAGUGUGGACUCUCCUUUGGAAGCAAAGUUGAAGAAGAUGCAUGAAUCUCUUGAAAAGGCUAAAAGACUCAACAAGUGGUAUCAAAAUGACCUUGCCUUCCAAGCAACUCAUGAAGAAGAAGUCGAGGAAGUCCGCAAGCAAGUCGAGGCAGAAACUGCAGAGGUGAUUGUUUGCUUGCAGGAAGAACUUUCUGCUCUUCACCAGGAAGUCCAUGAUAGUAAAAUGAAAGAAAUAGAGACGAGAGACAGGUUGGCGCAAUUAGAAAAUCAAAUAAAGAUCAUGGAGGACAAUUUGCACUUGAGGAGUGACGAAAACGCAAAACUAGUUGAUAUGUUAGAAGACAGAGAAAACAAAUUAAUAACACUGACGGAAGAAUGGGAGCUAAUUGCCAGUGAAAUUGAAGGUAUUCUAUCUGGUGGGAAUGAAGCUCUCAAAGAUGCAUCUGAUCAGAUUGAUGUUAUAUCAAGUUCAAUCCCUCAUAAAAGAAGUUGGAUUUCUGAACAGUUUGGAAGGAUGAAAAAGUAUAUUUUUGAAAAAGAAUUACUGAUUGAAGAGCUGAAUCAAUGCUUAAAAGAUGCAGUAGAUAGGAGGGAUGAUAUGGAGCGCAUGCUGAGGUCUUUGAGAGGGGCAGCUUUGGUUAUGACUGAGACACACCAACAGGAGUGCUGUGAAAAGGAUAAAGAGAUUCUCCUUUUAACGUCUGAAUUAAAUAAUAAGACAUCCACUAUUGCAGAGCUUCAAAGCUUAAUCAAGAAUAGGGAGAAUGAACUUAAAACAGCUUCAGCUUGUGCAACAGCUGCUUUGGUGAUUGUGGACCGAUUGUCAGAAUUGAACUCUAAUUACCGAGAUGUUUCAAGCAAUAAGGAUCUCCAGCUUAAAGAGUUCAAAGAGAUUUUUAUCCAAAAAGAUACCAUUCUCCAGAAUCAGGCUUCGAUGAUUAUUGAAGCAGAUAAACAGAAUCAUUCUCUCCAAGAGGAACUACAAGCAUCGAAAGAAUAUUGCACUAAACUAAGGCUACAACUACUGGAGGAGCACAGAAGUUGGAAUGCUCUUCAGAUAGAGCUUGAAGAAAAUCAAGAAAAUGAAAUUUUAGAAACCAGGGAAAAACUUAAGGAGCUAAAUUCUGGUGUGUCAACACUGAAGUUAUGCAUGAAUGAGCAUAUGAAGCAGAGUGAACAUUUGCUAAAGAAUAAAGUUCCAGAGAUGUCAAUUUGUUCUUCUUCCAAUGAUGAAUGUAAAUCAUGGACAGGUACCAAAACAGAGGAAGGCAUCAAUGACUACAGUUUGAUGUCUGAAAGUAAUAUGAAGGGUGUGAAUGGGGGAGAUGCUGCCAUUAUUCUCCUAAAGAAGGACGUAGAAAAUGCCCUCAAAAGCUUACAAGAAGUGCAAGCUGAGAUGGGAAACUUGCGUUUGGAGAAACAAGAGAUUUUGGCGUUUGAGAAAUGUUGUCAGAGGAGCAUUGGGUCCUUGACCAAUCAAGCAGUUCUUCUAAAUAAUGCUAUUGACGAUUUUGAAGGUGAGUUUGAGCGCAAGGUAAACGCUUUGGAUUGUAAAAUAGGGAAAAUGGAAGCGAUAGUGCAGGAGUCUUUCACCUCCUUGUUCCAGCAAAGAGAGUUACUGGAAGCUGAACUGGAUUAUGCUAAAGUUGUUGCUGCCCAGAAAACCAUUGAAGCUUCCUGUAUCCUUGAGAAAUUUGAGGAGGUUCAAGACACUGUGAAGGAAGCUGACGUAAUGAUAAAUGAGUUAAUGAUAGCUAAUGAAACACUGAAGCUUAAUGCUCAUGAAUUGAAAGUAAAGGAAAAUCACUUGACAAAUGAGAGAAAUAGUCUCGCCAAAGAAGUUCAAAGCUUGAAACUCUCCAAUAAUCUGAAAGAUCAGAAUUAUGGGGAACUGGAGAAGCAGUAUGACACAGAUUUUGUCACCAUGAAGGGGAUGCUCGUAGAACUAGAGGACGUUAUUUCUGAAUUCCAGACCACCUCGAUGGAAGAAUGGAUGUCUGUAGCAGCUGAUUUCCGCAGUGUGAAGUCCCAACUUCAUGACUCCACAAGAUCAAUUAGGACAUUGCUUGAGGAGGUCUGGUCAGAGAUUAUUGUCAAGGAUUGUGCUGUGUCUGUGUUGCAUCUCUGCCACAUGGGAAUUCUCUUGGAAACUGCAAAUGGACUGAAUGCAGAAAAUGGUCUACUUCACCACGGUUUGUGUGAGUCAAAUUCCAUGAUAUCUGAACUUCGGGAGCAUAAUUUUAGAUCAAGGAGAGAGCUGGAAAUGUGCAGAGUCCUCAAAGGGAAGUUGUUGGCAGAUAUCAAGAAAAGUUUUGAUCGCAUAUCAAGUAAAGUAGAUGAAGCUGGUGAGGUCACCCUUAAACUUACCUCUUUUGAAAAGAAGAUACAGGACCUACAGUUUCAGGAAGAGGUGAUGUUGCAAGUGUCGAAUAAUAUGGGGUCUGAACUGGCUGUGCUAAUGAAGGAGCUUGAUCACAGUAACAAACACACAAUGGAAUCUAUUCUGGAUCAAGAAAAAUUACUGAAGGAGAAAGAUGAACUAUUUCAACAUCAGGAAGAGAACUUCAUGAUAGAAUUAUCUGCAAAAGAUUUUGAAUUGUUAAUUUUGUCAAGUGAGCUAAAGCAGACGUUUCUCCUGAAAACUGACGUGGAGAAAACUUGUAUCAGUACCCUUGAAGUCCUUGAAGACUUCAAGAAGGAUAUAGUUUUCAAGAGCUUAGAUGCUGCUUUGAGUGAGUUGCUAUUGCUUGAUCAAGAAUUUAAGUUUGACAAAUUAAUGGAAGGCUUUAAGAUGAAGGAAUCAGCUCUUGAAACUUCUUCUAGUCAUAUCUCUGAGCUUUAUCAGCAAAUCAACACGUUGCAUAAGGACAUCCAUCUGUUUGAAGCAGAAUUACAUAGACUCCAAAUUGAGCUUGAAAGCAAAAAUGAAGAACUGGGAGGAAUAAGCUGCCUUGAGAAGGAGAAUGUGACACUGCAGGAUCAUCUAAAAGACCUUAAGGCAAAAUAUGGUGUACUUCUUCAGGAGUUGGAGGAUAAAAAGGCUGACCUUCAAUCCUCACUAAGAGGUACCCAUGAACUUGGUGUUGAAAAUCAAAGACUAAGAGAUAAAGUUUCGGUGUUGGAGAAUUGCAUUGCCAUGUUAGAGGAAGAUGUAAGCCAGGCAAGGGUGGAAAUUAAAAACCAUGAGCUUUCUGAAUCUGUUAUCAAAGAUGACUUGUGCUUAAGAAUCCAGGAUUUACAAAGGCAAUUGGGCAAAGUCAAUUCUUUGAAAGAAGAGAACAUUUCGUUGAGAAAUGAAAUGAGAGUUCAUGAGAUUAAUGAGUCCGAAUACCUCAAUGCUUUCAACUUGACAAUUUUGAAGACUUUUGAUUUUGCAGAAAGUUUAGAUGCAGUGAGCUGCAAAAUAGUUGAUCUAAUUAAGGAUAAAUUUAUUGAGGUAGAUGAUACAUUCCAGAAGAUAGUUGAUGAAUUGGGAAGGACAGACCAACUCCUGGAACAGUUUGAGUACGUGGAAAAUCUUGCUAUGCGGAUGGAUUCUGAAAUUCUCUCUCUUCAAAUGGAGUUGUCAAGAAAGGAUGAUGUUCUGAAGGGGCUAUUAUUUGAUUUGAGUUUGCUGCAGGAGUCUGCAUCAAACAGUAAAGAUCAGAAAGAUGAAAUGGAAAAACUGCUGGCUUCUUUUAGGGCAUUGGAAAUUUUUUUUGAACAGAAGUCACUUCAACUGGACAAAGCUGUUGGUGACGGUCGAAUACUUGAAGAUCAACUCCAAGAAAAGAUAGCAAAAAUAUCCGUUCUUGAAUUGGAUCUUAUGAAAGAUCGUGAGAUAAUAAAUUCACUAUCUAACAAAAAUGCCGAGCUUUUAGCUGGUGCUAAAGAUGCCUUAGAUGCAAGGAAUUCAGUGGAAAAGGAAUUAUUGGAGACAAGGAUCAAACUUGAGAACUUAGAGAUGGAAGUUUGUAAAAUGGAAACAGCCCUUUCCCAAAUGAGUAAAACAACUGAAUCAUUGAAGAGCAACAUGGAUACUGUCACCUUUGAGAGGGAUGAGCUGCAGAGCAAAGUUCUUACUUUGACAAAAGAGCUUGAGCUGGCAAGAGCUCUUGCUGAAGAAAAUGAAGCAAUUGCUGCUGAAGCUCAAGAGAUAGCUGAGUUCCAAAAAGGCCAUGCUGAGGAAAAGGAAGAGGAAGUGAAACUAUUAGAGCGGUCCAUAGAAGAGCUAGAAUGCACCAUAAAUGUACUUGAACAAAAGGUUGAUAUUGUCAAAGGAGAAGCUGAGAGGCAACGGUUGCAGAGAGAGGAACUUGAGCUGGAGCUUCUUGGAGUCAAAGAACAAAUGCACACCAUGGAAAACAAUGAUUCAGAUGUAAAAAGAUAUCUAGCAGAGAAAGAGAAGAAUCUCCAAGAAGCACUUCAACGGCUACAACUUCUUGAAAAGGAAAUAGCAGCCAGAGAUGCGGAGAUAUCCCAAUGUAAAGCUCAUAUCUCUGAGCUAAAUUUACAUGCAGAGGCGCAGGCUAGCGAAUACAAGCAAAAGUUCAAGGCAUUGGAGGCUAUGGUAGAACUAGUCAAAUCAGAAGCUCCUGCCACAAGUUCAUCAUCAAACAAAUUGGAAAGAAAUGCAUCAAAGCCUAGAGGCUCUGGAUCCCCUUUCAAAUGCAUUGGGUUGGGUUUAGUUCAACAAAUUAAAUCUGAGAAGGAUGAAGAGCUCACUGCUGGAAGACAAAGAAUAGAGGAACUUGAGGCUCUGGCUUCAAGUAGACAAAAAGAGAUAUUCAUGCUUAAGGCAAGACUGGCUGCCACCGAAAGCAUGACUCAUGACGUAAUUCGCGAUUUGCUAGGCGUAAAACUGAAUAUGAAGAGUUAUGCCAAUUUAAUGGACAAUCAGCAGCUUCACUCAAUAAUGGAGGAGGCUCAACACCAGAAUGUUAAAGCUGAAUUAAAGGAACAGGAAAUUGUUAAUCUGAAGCAGCAGAUAAAUGAGUUUGUUAAAGAGAGGAAUGGAUGGCUGGAGGAUAUUGAAAGGAAACAGGCUGAAAUGAUGGCUGCACAUGUAGCAUUGGAGAAACUGCGACAGCAUGAUCAAUUGCUUGCAACUGAAAGUGAGAUGUUAAAGAUGGAGAAUGCUAAGCACAAGAAGAGGGUGAUGGAGCUUGAGCUUGAGGUCGAGAAGUUGUCUGGUCAACAGAAUAUUCAACAGCGCAUCCAUCAUCAUGCGAAAAUUAAGGAAGAAAAUAACUUAUUGCGGUGUCAAAAUGAAGACCUUAGCAUUAAGUUGCGGAAAACAGAAGCUAUUCUGUCACGUGUCAAGGAAGAGCUGGCUCAGUUCCGUGCAGCAAAUGGUAGAAACCCCUACAUUAAUUUUGAUGAGGAGCAACAGUUGGAAAAGAGGUUGAAGGAAACUGAAGAGGAGAGACUGCAGUUAGCUCAGAAGUUAAUAGGCUUGUGUACUACUGUACUGAAGGCUGCUGGAAUAACACAACGAACAUCCGAGAUAAGUCCAUCUGCAGCUGAAGCAGCACUUGAACAGCUGAAGAAUAGGGUCAUUUGUCUUGAAAGGGAACUUCAAGAUGUUAAACUCAAGAAUCGAAUAUCAGAGGAAAGAAUUAGAUUGUCUGAGCUCAGGCCACAAUCUUCAACAGCAAGCUCAAGGGCGGACGACAAUUACCAAGUCCGAAAUGGAGCUUCUCAACCUCAAUUUCUUUCUCCUUUUGAUCGAUGAAGUCCAUGACUGCUGCUCUUUAGUUAGCGUUUUGCUAGCAGAUUACUUAGUGUUUGUUGUUCUGUAAAUAAUUCUUGUAUUGUAUGAUCAUGUAUAUUUCGUUCAUACAGAAGAAAUAGCAGAUCAAUGUUGUUGUAAAUAAAUCCCUCCAAAAGAGAACACAAUUGUUCUUCUCAACUGAAGACAAUCAAAAUACUUGUACAAACUAAA